UGAAGCUUGGUGAUCUAGAACAGAAGAAGCUCCUGUGGACGACCGUAAUGUAUUUUCCUUAUUUCUUCCACGGCACCGAUACCUUUUCAGAUGCUUAUACUUAUCCAAAAGCAGAAAUAAACAUUUGUUUCUCUGUUGCUGGUUUAUAGUACAUGGUAUGUGUUCCUUUUUGUUGUACAUGGUCUGUGUUUCCUUUUUCUUUUUUGUAAAGACGGCAUGUGUUUCGUGUGGGUGAUCCCAGGCUAGCUAGAAACCAGCGUUUAGAUCACUCGCCCUGUAGUUUUCUUACCACUUUAUUUGUUUGUUCUAUUUGGCACAUCACGCUAGUUUUCUUUUUGUAAAGUGUUAUUUCUUUACACUAGAGCAGUAUCUUCUUGUCUUCUGGACAACUCCAACUCAAAGUAGUAGCUAGUCCAGCAGGCCACAAUGGCAACAAGUCUGGCAGGCUACAAUGUCGUCGAGGUGCUUGCUGCUCCUGGCUAUCUUCCUUUCGACGCAGCCAACGGGGCAGAGCGGUGAGGAAGGGCCAGCGGUUCCCGCGCUGAUGGUGUUCGGCGACUCGCUGGUGGAUGUAGGCAACAACAACUACAUCUUUACCAUCGCCAAAGCCAACUUCCCUCCCUAUGGCAGGGACUUCAAAGACCAUGUCGCCACAGGAAGGUUCUGCAACGGCAAGCUGCUUAUCGAUUUCAUAGCUGAAAAGGUUGGGUUCAAUGGCUCUCCGCUGGCCUAUCUCAGCCCAGAAGCAUCAGGACAGAACCUUCUUCUUGGAGCUAACUUCGCAUCUGCUGCAUCUGGCUACAAUGACCAUGGGACUCUGAUUAAAGCCAUCUCUGUCUCUCAACAAUUGAAGUACUUCAAAGACUACCAAGCUAAGCUGGCGGUGGUGGCUGGGAGCAGCCAUGCUCGCUCCAUCAUCUCCGGCUCACUCUACAUCAUCUGCGCCGGUUCAUGUGACUUUGUCUACAACUAUUACAUCAACCCUUUCCUCGACACGAACCAAACCGCAGAACAAUUCUCAGACCGCCUCGUCGGGAUGUUCAACAACAGUGUGACGCAACUUUACGAGAUGGGAGCCCGACGCAUCGGCGUCUUCUCCCUGCCACCCUUUGGUUGUUUUCCCAUGGCGAUCACAUUGUAUGGUCAUGGGAGGAGCGGAUGUGUGUCUAGGCUCAACAACGACGCCCAAUAUUACAACAUGAAGUUGAAAGCUGCUGUUGACUCACUAUCAAAGAAGUACCAUGAUCUCAAGAUUGUGGUUCUCGACAUGUAUGCGCCUUUGUACAACCUCGCUACCUCUCCUGUAUCGCAAGGGUUCACCGAGGCGAAGCGGGCUUGCUGUGGCACAGGGACGGUGGAGGCGUCAAUCCUUUGCAACUCCCUGUUACCUGGGACUUGUCCGAGCGCACGGACAUAUGUGUUCUGGGACGUUUGGCAUCCGUCAGAGGCAGCAAACAAAGUUGUUGUGGACUCUCUCGUAGAUGAAAUCAACAACCUGGUUGCAUAAACCCACUAGAUUGUACAGUAGGCAUGCAGGCUUGAUGCUACAUUGCUUCAAGUAUCCAGAAAGAAAAUAAUAGCUGUGGACUAAGCAGAACACAUGAUGUUGGAUGUGAAAAGGGCAUCAACAUUUA